AUGGAACCCAGGAACCUCACUUGGGUAUCAGAGUUUGUCUUCCUGGGGCUCUCACAGGCUCAGGAGCUCCAGCUCUUGUUGUUUCUGGUGUUCCUGUUAGUCUAUGUAAUCACUGUUACUGGAAACCUCCUCAUCAUAGUCACAGUGUCCUCUGACUCCCAGCUCCAUGUGCCCAUGUACUUCCUGCUCCGAAACCUGGCUGUCAUAGAUCUCUGCUUCUCCUCUGUCACUGUCCCAAAGAUGCUGGUGGACUUGCUCUCGGAGCCAAAGACCAUCUCCUAUCAGGGAUGCAUGGCCCAAAUCUUCUUCUUCCACUUCCUCGGAGGAGCCAUGGUCUUCUUCCUCUCGGUAAUGGCCUAUGACCGCCUCAUUGCCAUCUCCCGGCCUCUCCACUACGUCACUAUCAUGAACACCCAGCUCUGUGUGGGGCUCGUGGUGACUGCCUGGGUAGGGGGCUUUGUCCAUUCCAUUGUACAGCUGUCUCUGAUGCUCCCCCUGCCUUUCUGUGGCCCCAACAUCCUGGACAACUUCUACUGUGACGUUCCCCAAGUGCUGAGACUGGCCUGCACGGACACUGCCCUCUUGGAGUUCCUCAUGAUCUCCAACAGUGGGAUGCUGGAUGUCAUCUGGUUCUUUCUCCUCCUGAUCUCUUAUUUGGUCAUCCUGAUGAUGCUGCGCUCCCACCAAAGGGAGGCAAGGAGUAAGGCAGCUUCCACCUGUACCACUCACAUCAUCGUGGUGUCUAUGAUCUUCAUCCCAAGCAUUUACCUCUAUGCCCGGCCCUUCACCCCAUUCCCCAUGGACAAGGCUGUGUCCCUCAGCCAUACGGUCAUGACCCCCAUGCUCAACCCCAUGAUCUACACUCUGAGGAACCAGGAGAUGCAGGCAGCAGUGAAGAGAUUAGGGAGGCACUGGCUGGUGUGUCAAAAGGAGUGA